UGCCAGCAGUGAAAACAUAGUGGUUCCUCCAGAGACAUAUGUGAAAGUAGCUGGCCAUCUGAGAUCUUUUCAGAACAAAAAAAGCCUUGUAGCCUUUAAGAUCAUGCCUCUGGAGGAUAUGAAUGAGUUCACCACACAUAUUCUGGAAGUUGUCAAUGCACACAUGAUCCUGAGCAAAUCUAACAGCCAGCCCCCAGCAGGGAGAGCACCUAUCAGCAAUCCAGGAAUGGGUGAAACAGGGAACUUUGGUGGGAAUAGCUCCAUGCCAGCAAAUGGCCUCACUGUGGCCCAAAACCAGGUGCUGAAUUUGAUUAAGGCUUGUCCAAGACCUGAAGGAUUAAACUUUCAUGAUCUCAAGAACCAGCUCCAACACAUGACUGUAGCCUCAAUAAAGCAAGCUGUGGAUUUUCUUAGCAACGAGGGACACAUCUAUUCCACUGUGGACGAUGAUCAUUUUAAAUCCACAGAUGCAGACUAACUGGAUCUAAUUGAGUACCCAAGGCAUUUUCCAGCUGGAUCUGUUUUCAUAAACUGUUGUCUCCAGCUAUGCAUCUGUUUGGCCAAUUGAUUUCUAGGAUUUCAUCUAGGAAGGGUCUCAUUUAACAUCCUUUUGAAACUUA